AUGGGUCUGUUUAGAUCAAUUUUACUUAGUGUUUCAUUCAUCUUUCUCAUUUUUACUCCAAAAUUAACAAAUGGAAUUCUCAAACGCUGUUUUGUAUGCCGAUCUCGGGGAGAGCUAGGAAGUUGUAAAGACCCGUUCACGGUAAAUGUCACACAAAUUGAUUUGGAAAAAGGCGUAGAGGCAGUUCCGUGUGCCUCUGGCUGGUGUGGAAAACUACUAGAGACAGAAAAUCCGCUAAAAGAAGAAUAUGGGGUCGCGACAGAACGGAUGUGUCUCAGAAGGGGGCCCUCCGACAGCGAAGACCGAUGCGCCUACGUAAAAUGGAAUUUCAGAAGAGUCCUAAUGUGCUUCUGCCGAGGAGACUUAUGCAAUGCCUCAAACAGACUGACAGUCAAUUUGCCUGUUCUUCUCACCUCCUGUAUCCUUACCAGACUGAUUUUACGAUUUUUGUAA